CUCUUUUAUAACCAAAACUCUACUCUCUAUCUGCACAUAUAUGCUAGUGUAAAUUUUCCCUUGAGAGAAAAAUAAUGUCUAGUGUUGAGCCAACCCUCCAUGAUGAGAGUGAGAGCAGUGGCAUAGAGCCAACCACCGAUGAAAUUUCUUCCCAAAUUCCAUCCACCCCGCUUCAAGACCGGAAAAAUUCUUGGUUCAAGUUGAAACGAUUGGACUCGCUGGAUCUCGAGUCCAACAAGCUUAAAGGCCGACACGCUCACCAUCACGCCUCUAAGGGGUUGGGAUGGUCAGUGGUGUUGCAACUAGCGUUCCAGAGCAUAGGAGUGGUGUAUGGAGACAUCGGAACCUCACCUUUGUAUGUGUACUCCAGCACCUUCACCAAUCCGAUCAAAUACGAUGAUGACAUCCUAGGUGUCCUGUCAUUGAUCUACUACACCAUCACUCUCAUCCCACUCAUCAAAUACGUCUUCAUUGUUCUUCGUGCCAACGACAAUGGAGAUGGUGGGACGUUUGCAAUGUAUUCUUUGAUAUGCCGAUAUGCGAAAGUGGGGUUAAUCCCAAGCCAAGAGGCAGAAGAUGGAGAUGUGUCCACCUUCAAACUUGAGUUGCCUAAUCAUCGUGUUCGUUUAGCUUCUAAGCUCAAAUCCUAUCUUGAAAACAGCACUGUAGCUAAAUUCAUCUUGCUCUUUGCCACCAUGCUUGGCACUUCUAUGGUAAUCGGUGACGGUGUCCUCACUCCUUGUAUUUCAGUUCUGUCAGCGGUGGGCGGCCUGAAGCAAGCAACUUCUAAACUUACCGAUGAUACCGUGGUCUGGAUUUCGGUUGCAAUUUUAGUGUGUCUGUUCAUGAUUCAAAGGUUUGGAACUGACAAAGUUGGCUACACCUUUGCUCCCAUAAUUUGCCUAUGGUUCAUUUCCAUAGCCAUGAUUGGAGUGUACAACUUAGCCAAGCAUGACCACACCGUCCUUAAAGCCGUUAAUCCCAAGUACAUUGUUGACUACUUCCGGAGGAACAAGAAAGAUGCCUGGAUUUCUUUGGGUGGCGUCGUUCUCGCUAUAACUGGAACUGAGGCGCUGUUUGCGGAUGUUGGUCACUUCAGUGUCCGGUCCAUACAAAUCAGCAUGUGUAGUGUAACCUAUCCUGCCCUUAUCUUAGCCUACACCGGACAGGCUGCUUUCCUUCGGAAUCAUAAGGACUUAGUUUCUGACACCUUUUACAGCUCAAUACCAAAAUCUGUAUACUGGCCAAUGUUUGGGGUAGCUGUAGCGGCUGCAAUUAUUGCCAGUCAGGCCAUGAUUUCUGGCACAUUUUCUAUCAUCCAGCAAUCCCUCUCUUUAGGCUGCUUUCCUCGCGUCAAGAUCGUCCAUACCUCCACCAAAUACGAGGGACAAGUUUACAUCCCCGAGGUCAAUUACCUUCUCAUGGUAGCUUGCGUUGCUGUCACUCUCGGCUUCAAAACCACUGCCCGAAUCGGCAACGCCUAUGGUAUCGCCGUGGUUUUCGUGAUGACACUAACCUCAACACUCCUAGUCCUAAUCAUGAUCAUGAUCUGGAAAACCAAUAUCUUCCUGGUAAUCCUGUACGUCCUGGUGAUUGGUUCUGUGGAGCUGCUUUACCUAAGCUCAGUACUGUAUAAGUUUGAUCAAGGAGGGUAUCUCCCCCUCGCAUUUGCCCUCUUUCUCAUGUUCAUCAUGUUCACUUGGAACAUGGUGUAUAGAAAGAAAUACUAUUUCGAGUUGGACCAUAAAGUUUCUUCGGACAAGGUUAAGGAGAUUCUCACCAACACAAAUUCUUGUCGUCUCCCCGGUCUAGCGGUGUUUUACUCCGAGCUGGUUCAUGGGAUUCCCCCAAUCUUCCAACACUAUGUGGAAAACGUGCCGGCUCUUCAUUCCGUUAUGGUUUUCGUCUCCAUAAAGUCUCUCCCCAUCAGUAAAGUCCCGGUGGAGGAGCGGUUCUUGUUCCGCCGUGUCCAGCCCUACGUUUUCCGCUGCGUGGUCAGGUACGGGUACACGGACGUGAGGAACGAGGAGGAGCCGUUCGAGAGGCUGCUGGUGGAGAGGAUAAAAGAGUUCGUAAGAGAUGAUAUCGUGUUUAGACAGGAGAGCAAGAGCGAGGACGAAGCGGCGGCUGAGGAGGAGGUGGAGGCGUUGUCACGGAGAGAGAUUGAGGUGGUGGAUAGGGCGUGGCGGAGCGGGGUGGUGCACUUGGUGGGGGAGCAAGAAGUGGUGGCGGGGAAGGGAGCUGGGAUAGCUAACAAGUUGUUGAUAAAUUAUGUUUACAACUUUAUGAAGAGGAAUUUAAGGCAGAGUUACAAAGUGUUUGAUAUUCCGCAGAAGAGAAUGCUCAAGGUGGGGAUGACCUACGAGCUAUAACAUAUGCAUAUAUGCCAUUAGAGCCCCAAAUAUAUCAUUCAAUUUCUGGUAUAUUACUGUAUGUGUUGUAUAUGUAUGUGGUCCUCUGCUACUCAUAUCACUACAUAAAUAAAAAUGAAGCACCUUAUAUAUCUUUCUUU